AUGUCUGUCCGACCUUACUCCAAAAUCAGUAACUCCACCUUUCUUCUUAUGGGUUUUCCUGGUCUCGAAGAGGAGUAUCCCUGGCUCUCCAUCCCCUUCUCCUGUAUCUAUGCUAUGGUGCUUUCAGGGAAUUGCCUGGUGCUGCAUGCGAUCCGUACAGAGCCAAGCCUGCAUGAGCCCAUGUUCUAUUUUCUAGCCAUGCUGGCCCUCACUGACCUGUGCAUGGGGCUGUCCACGAUACACACAGUGCUGGGGAUUCUGUGGGAGCUCAAGCAGGAGAUUAGUCUGGAUGCCUGCAUCACCCAAACCUUUUUCAUUCAUGGUCUAUCAUGCAUGGAAUCCGGAGUCCUUCUCGCCAUGGCCUUUGACCGCUUUACUGCAAUCUGUAAUCCUCUAAGAUAUGCAUCCAUCCUCACCAAUACCAGAAUCAUCAACAUUGGUGUGGCCAUCGUGGGGCGGAGUUUUCUGUUCAUUAUUGCUCCCAUUGUCUGCCUAAAGUUCUUCAUUUACUGCCAUCCCCACAUCCUCUCCCACUCUUUCUGUCUACAUCAGGACCUACUCCGUCUGGCCUGCUCUGACAUCCGCUUCAACAGCUUCUAUGCCUUAGCUCGUAUCUGCACACUCUUUUUGGAUUCAGUGCUUAUUCUCAUCUCCUACAUCUUAAUCCUUUUCUCAGUCUUGACUAUUGCAUCCCGGGAGGAGCGGCUCAAGUCAUUGCAGACCUGUGUCUCUCAUAUCUGUGCUGUCCUGGUUUUCUACAUCCCAAUCAUUGGUCUGACCAUGGUACACCGCUUUGGGAAGCACCUCUCCCCUGUGGUCCACGUCCUCAUGGGUAACAUCUAUAUCCUUUUUCCACCCUUAAUGAACCCCAUCAUCUACAGUGUUAAGACCCAACAAAUCCGUAGCAGGAUCAAGAAAUGGUUCACCAGAAAAACCUGA